GCUUUAACAAAGGAGAACAGUGGCUUGACAUGUGGAGGUGGUUUCCCUUCGUUGUCAUGUGACAGAGCGGCCACUAGGUGGCGCUUUGAGUUUGCGGCCCACUUUUGCAACUGCGACAAUUAGGAACUAGGAGGGAGGUGACAAACAUGUGAUGCCUUCUGCGACAUCGGGGUUCAACGCGUUAACAUACCGUUUAAUGGGACAAAAAAGGCCUUGCAAGUGCAACAGAUGUAUAAUGCUACUGGUAAGUGUAAUUUAAAGCUAAUGCUGCCUGUUACGGCACUUUAGCUGCGGAGUGCGAGCUUUACUGAAGUGUUGGCCAACAGUGUCAUCUUGCUAAGGUGGAGUUGCACCGCGUUAACUUCAAACAUUCAUUAUUUUGGUCUAACGUUACAUUAUUCAUUUACUGUUUUUCCGCAUUUAUCUGCUAAUGCUAGCUAACCUUCAGCCACAGAGACCAGAAGGUUACUUAUUGCAGCUCGUAACGCCAGAAAUAUUUUUGUCAAAUUGUAAAUAAGCCCGCUGUGGUUGAACAGAAAAUGGAAUAAAUGAAAGUGAGAAAGUACAAAGUUACCCUCAAAAGUAAAAAUGUCACUUUUAACGUGAAGUUCACUAACAUUGGCAGUGCGCGAACAGUUCUCCAUGUGCAGCUGCCAUAGGGCUGCAAUCACAACACUGGCUUUUGUCUUGCUUUUAGGGAAAAGGUUGCUUUAAUAAUCUGGUGAAGAAUUAGUUUAACAUUAUCCUAUUUCAUUCACAGUGACAUUACUUUAAGGGUCUUUACAAAUUGAAAAUGAAAUAAACAGGAUAAAUGACAUUUAAAAACUACAAUGAAGUGAUCCGUAGAUUAAAUGUAAAUAGUAAAACCAAAGCAAGAACAAAAGUUCAAUUAUAGGCAACAGUAAACAGGAAGAUUUUAUAAAAAUCGGGGCCACCACUGGUCCCAACAGUAGUAGGUGUACAUUGAGUUGAACCAUAUUUCUUUAUCUGACACCCCCACCUCUUAUGUCCUUCCUUGCUCCCAGUACCCAUCAGGCCAUGCAGCGGUACAGGUGGCCAGGUUAUAAGAAGCAGCUUCUUGGAGAGCUGCAGAGACAACAAAACAAUGCCCAAUUCUGUGAUGUCCUGUUGAAAACGGAGGGUAUCUCAGUCCCAACCCACAGUUGCAUACUUGCAGCUCUCAGUCCCUUCCUGUGUCAGAAGCUCUCGGCCUCCCCGUCUCCUCCGUCGGGCCAGAAGCGCGAGCUCCGGCUCCAGGCUGUGAAUGCCCAGACCCUGCUGAAGAUCGUUGGUCUUCUGUACUCUGGGGAGGUGGAGGUAACAGGAAGUGCAGAGCAGAAUGACUUGCUGUCUGCAGCCCGCCAGUUCGGGAUCACAGACCUGGUUGAAGGACAGAAAAAUGGAGAGGUGGGGGAGGGAGAACCCCAGAAAAGUUGUUUUGGGAGUUGCAGAGAGAGGAAUGAAAGCGGAAAAAUGCAGGAUGCACAAGUUCAGGCUGAGGGUGCUGGAUGGAGAAACACAGUUUCCCCAAUUGAAAAGAGAAGUUGUGUAUCCACAGGGAGACGGAAUGUUAAAGCUGAUCAAAAGACAACGGGCUGUUCUAAUACACACUCCGUCCAAACUGAACAUCCAACCCCAGGGCCCGAACCCUCUGUAGCUAAACAUUUGGAUUGUUCUAUCUCAUUGCAAUCCCAAAGCGUCACACUCGAUAAACAUUUUAGCUUCGCUCCUUGCCCACAUAUUUCCUGUGUGCACAGUGGAGCACAAAGCGAUGGCGAGUCUACAUCAGACCGAUCCUCUGGCAGUGUAACAAACCCCACGCCAACUUCAUCUUUGUCCAGCAAUGUGAUGACCUUUUCCAUUUCUCUUAAUGAUGACGCAAACUCCACAACACCUCAGGAAGACGGCGCCUACCAGCAGUCAUCUGAGAUCGGGGAUAGCAUACAGGUGUUGGCUAAGGAAGGGGCAGGACUGAAGGGUAGAACAACUAACGGCAAAACAGCUGUCAACAGGGAAAAUGCAGAGCAGCCAUGCCACAGAGAUGAGAUGCGAGGAGAAGAAAAGGGAAACUCUACAGAGAUACGGCAUGCACGUGCAAAUGUAGGGAUAAAGAGCUUGGCCAAGAUGAGACAGAUGCAGCAGAUGAUGGAGACGGAGACCACACAGAUUUCCAUCAAGGUGAAGCUGAGGAGGAGGACCAAUGCAGAAGUGUGGGAGGUUGUGAGCAAGCAACACACAGAUGAGGCGUUGUCAGUUCUUACCUCCCUGAAACAGGAUGGCUCCAGCCACAAAAGGCUGCAGACAGACCUCAGUGAGCCUCCUCCCUCCUGUGUCCAGCCAGGCCCAGCUCAUAAACCAGAGCCCCCGACUAUUCAACCCGCUACCACCAACUCCCCCGAGCGACCGCCUCGCCCCAACACCCCCCCUGACUCCCAGCUUCUCUCCAGCGACUGCCUCGAUGGCGGCCUUGAGUCAGUGUCGCUGCCCCAGCCUCCAGGCCCUGCGGAGGAGUGCGAUGAGCAGAUGGAGAAGCUGUUGGAGGACAUCAUGAUGGGUCUGAACAUCCUGCCGAACUUGGACGGAGACUGCAAAAAGUCUCAUUGCCUUCAACCAAACCAUGACGGAGCUCCGGCCAUUUGCCAGGUCCCAGUGACGGAGGAAGAGCGACCGCAGAGUCGGAUGCAUGCUGCCUUCAGUACGGUGGGACUACCAGGAUAUUACCAGGAGUUUGGGACACAAAUUGGUCACGCAUCAACAGGUUCAGCUCAGAACCAGCCCAGCUGCUCAAGCCUUUCAUCCGUACAGCCGGCUGCUGUGCUGAUCCAGCAGCAGCAGCAGCACUCUCCCCGGUAUCACUCAUCUGUCACAUCCAUGGGGCAAAGAGAUGGAACGAGCCACCAGGGCAUGUCGCUGUCCAAAACACUAAAUUGUCCAUAUCCUGAAGCACUCAGUGGGCAGAGACUACUUACUACCUUUACUUAUUUCCCAGCAUUCCAGGAACCGCCUUCACAAGACAACAUACUAGAGAUUUUCCCCCUGAUGAAUGGAAAUGAAGCACAGUCCUUGCAUUCCUUACCUUGCAUGGAUGAUUUGCGGCUUCCUCAAUGUCUCUCUCCGUUAGAGCCGUCCACCUCAGCAGCAAAACGUCCGUCUACCCUCAACAGCUCAACGAACCAAAGCGGUAAUAUUCAGCCACAGUCAUCUGAACACGGGCGACCCUGGCUUUCAGUAAACAUGGGAUCACUACAAUUUCCUCUCAGUGCCAUCACGCACGGAGCAAAUAGAAGCGAGUCUUUACCCCUGGAUUCAAACCAGCAAUGGCAAAAAUAUCUGGAGUUGCAUCCACAGAGUGGUGAAUGCCGGGCAGCAACUUGUUCUGGUCAAGAGGUGGAAGAGAGAGGAGCAAUAUCUGAUGGUCAUCAAAACGUGGCAAAACUGAAGUCUGAUCUCAGGAGGAUAAAGAAAGAUGUUAAAUGUAAACAAGGUGACACUAAAGGUGAUGCUACAGUGCCUAAAAGGAGGAGGAAGAAGCAUCCAGGCUCUCCACAAGAGGCCAGUUCUCCUUUGGAAUACAAGCAUAUGAAAGUCAGCGAUGAAACAAAAGGUCAGAUCAACCUGAGUGUUUGUUUAGUCAGUUUGUCGAGCAACAACGUGCUGGCGAAGGAAAGAGAAAUGGCCGCCGGUUUAAACAUGCCAGACACAUUUGUAGGGAAAACAAAUGAACUGUCAAACAUCACGGAAAGUCUGAGAGAGAAGAUCAGAGGGCCCGAGGAUCUCAAUACUAACCAGAUGCGGAUCAGGACCAGGGGCUUUUUGAAAAGAACUCUAGAGACCACAAGUAGCUCAAGCAUCGAAAGUACAGUUUUACAACCCGUGGUCCGCAGUGCUCCAAUUGUGAAUAAAGGAGUUCCCAAGCGGGGACGCGGAAGGCCACGAAAAAUAAGGGUUGAAGAGAUGCCUUUAGAGAGCGCUCUCUCUCUUACCGUCGCUGACAAAAAGAGCCACGAUGUGAAAAGAGAGCCGCAAAAUGACAGUUUGUUGAAGGAGGUGAACGAAAAAACAAGGAAACGUAAAAAACGGAUCAGGAAUAGAAGUAAAGUGGAGGCCGUUCCACUGAUGGCCUUAACUGCUGAGGCAGACCACAGCAGUGAUGUAACCGGAAGAAGACUUGGGGCAACCAAACGGAUGGUCAGUCUGAAGGAGUUUCAAAAGCUUAUCAAACGCCAACACUCCAAAACAAGGAAGUCAAAAGAAAGCCAGGACAAGGAAACAAGUGAAACCGCAGGAGUUGUAGAACGUGAGGAAGGGAAGACGUGCGGUAGCAGAUUGGAAGAAUUAACUAACGGGACAGAAAUGGAUACUGCUCAGCCUCAGAACAGGGGCGGAGUUAAAGAGCGCCACGCUGUCUUGGACGUCACAGUUGAUGAAAAUCACAAUCAAAUUGUCAACAAAUCGUCAGCCGAGUGUGACGAAUCACAGCGAGAUGAGACAAACGUCUCGACUGGUAAUGAGACCCGUUUGUUGGGCGAUGAGUCCCUUCCCGUGGUUUCCUUCGACGUCUUGGGAGAAGAGGCCAGGUUAGCAGCUGAGACGGAGCAGCCGCUGAAGAGUCCCGAUAAAGCACAAACAGCCCGUGAUGAAGGAGUGUCAGAUAAAACAAAGCCGACUGCUAUCCACGAUGGAGGAUCGUCUCACAGUGACGUGCACCUGCCUCAAGAAGACGAAAUGCCUUCAGUGCACAACUUGGACCUCCAGACCCCUGAGAGAAACAGUCCACCUGUGUCGGACGCUGGUGGGUUCGGCAGGAGCACCGGCUGCGAUCAGGAAGAGGAGGAAGUGGAGGUAGACGUUUUGCUUUGGUCUCCAGACAAAGCGCCUCAGACCAAAGAUUGUGAGAAUGGACUCGACAACAUGGCAGUAAUUCCAGAGGAAGAGGAGGAGGAGGAGGAGGAGGAAGAAGAAGAGGAAGAAGAUGUGAAUGAGAUUGAUGUAACUGGAGAUGAGGCAGAGUAA